AUGGCUACUUUUCAUUCUGUUAAAGAUGCGGUGAAGCUCUUCAACUCUGGAGGAAAACAUCUCCACAAGAGGCAAGAGCAGGGAGUGUUGUUGGAGGAGACAAAUGUCUGUCUCUUGAAUGAAGAGGUUAACAAGUUGAAGGAAAAGAUAAAAGAUGUUGAGAAGACUAAGAUUGAAGCUUUGUUAGAGCUUGAGGAAGCAAAGAAAACUAUUGAGCAACUCAAUCACAAGCUGGGGAUUAGGCAGAAUUACAUGAGAAAUGAUGGUGAAGCUUUAGAGUUGAGUAGUAAUGCGAGUGUUGUGACUUCAGAGCUAGGCUUUGCUAAGGAAUCAAUUCGUAGAGUAGCUGAAGAGGUGAGUGAAUUGGGAAUUAAACAGAAUAUGAGAAAUGAUGGUAAAGCUUUAGAUUUUAGUAGUAAUGUGAGAGUUGUGACUUCAGAACUAGGCUUUGCUAAGGAAUCGCUUCAUAGAGUAGUUGAAGAGGAGAGUGAAUUGUGUAUAUUAAUGAAGUCUCUUAAGCUCGAGCUUCAAAACGUGAAGAAAGAACAUUCACAGCUUAUUAGAGAGAAUGAGGAGAGAGAGAUUGAGAAGUUGAAGAAAGAAGCUGAAGAUGCAAAGACCGAGCUCUUGAUGCUCGAAGAAGAGCUCAAUACUGCUCUUUUCGAAGCUGAAGAAGCAAAAGUUGCAGAGAAACACGCCGAUGAACGCUUAAAUAGUGCAGAGACUUUGGUUUUACAAUCUGACUUCAGAUUAUUAGAUGAGAGGAAAGAAAGUGGUGUUGUUGAAUUAAGUGAGACUGAAGCGUUAAGAGCUUGCAGAGAUGAAACACUAAAGAAACUAGAGAUGAGUGAGAAAGAGAUUAAAGAUAUUGAAGCUGCAACACAAAAUGCGUUGAAGAAAGCUGAGAUGGCCAAGGAAGCUACAAUCAUGGUGGACUUAGAGCUUAAACGAAGGCGUAAAGCAGCGAGUAAGAUCUUAGCAGAAUCCAAAAUGUGUGCCAAAUCUUUACCCUCUACAAAGGAAGUGCACAAGGCGAAACCGAGAUCAUCGUCCAAAGAAGGUUGUUUGGUCAAGUGUUAG